UCUACUUUCUUGUCCACAUUACCCACAAUGCAGCACCACGACAGCUUGGUUGGAGAUGGCUAAUGGCGAAAUUUUGAAAUGAAAACGUUUAGUUUUUCAGAAUUGUCCAAUAUUGACAUUGAUGUCUGGCAAUAGAGUUGGUGCAUUGUCUUGUUCAAACAAAAAAAAAAAAAAAAAGUUGGAAGCACAUUAUAUUGUCUAAAAUUUCAUUUUAUUCAGAAGCAUUAAGAUUUCCCCUAACUGGAAGUAUAAGACCAGGAAAAACGGACCCAGGGUGAGCGCUUUAUCAGCUCGAUCAAACAUCAGUCAGUUCACGGUUCAUUGAACUGAAGUGAGCACAACAAAGGGCCGAACCAGAAACAGAGAAUGAGGGCGAGACAAAAGACAAAGAAUCUGGAGAAAUAUUUGGGGACAGAGGGAUGAUGAAAGAAAGAGGGUAGAAAUGGAGGAUGAAGGGAUAAAGGAGGAGAAGAGCGUGGGAUGAGAAAGACGGUUAAGACAAGGAAAGAGAGGGAGCACACACACACACACACACACACACACACACACACACACACACACAGAUACAGAGGUGACUGUGACGUCAAACCGGAGCCCAGCUGACACGCUCGCUCCGCCGUUCCUCUCGCUGACCAGCCUCGCGCUCCCUGCACAUCUACUCCACGCGGCGGCUGCUGCACGCCCUUCUAAACACCGAGGAGGAGGAGAAGGAGACGAAGAAGAAGAAGAAGAAGAAGAAGGGGGAAAACCGGGAGGACUCACACGGAGAGACGGCUCACUGGAGGAGGAGGAGGAACUGGAGGAGGAGGAGGAGGAAGGAGGCUACGUUUUCAUCCUCGCGCGCAGCACGGGGACGUAUAGGACAUUAUUUUUUGGACACAUGGAGACGAGCCGCUUUCCCUUGCGCGGUCUCCUCACAGAGAUAACCGAGUAGGACUGUGACGGAGGACUGUUGUGUGUCUUACUGGCACCGCUCCCCAGCCAGGUGUUGCAUUCAAGUGCGAACCCCUCGUGGAGAUGGAGAGGCACGAGAAGGAGGGUUGAUCAGCUUUGCGGAGCUCGCGCACUCGACACUGAGCCUCUUGAGCAACAACAUGUUGACAAAUCAGAACAGUCUCCGGCUCCAGACCACUGCGGUUUGAAGAAACGGAUUCUAUUAACGGAUUUUUUUGGUCUUUUCUUUUGGCGUUUUCUGUCGGCCGUUGACCUUACCGGAUUUGUCUUCUGUGGCAUAUUUUAUGAACGUUACAGAAAACGGGAAUUAACGUGAAAAUUAGUACUUUUUUUGCUCUGCAGCGGCACGCGCAAAUAGGAAUGGCAAAGUAAACGGACCCAGCUGUGCCAACGACGCACGAGCCAUUUUGGGGGAUUCAGUUCAUCACACUGAACCGGUGAUUCUGCCGUCUGCGGAGGCUGCUGCCUGACACCUCUUGCACCCCGAACCUCCGCCUUGUUUUUACGGAUCCCGGCUCUCCGUGACGCCGCGGCACCCUGAUGGUGCGGACGGUCGGCGCACGGUGGCUCGAGCUGCUGCUUGGACACGCCGCCCGGUGAUAUCUAGCCUUCAGCAUGAUGAUGAUGGUGAUGAUGGUACGCGAUUAACCCGGGAGAUGCUUUUCCACUCGAGUCGGAUUUAUGUGCUGUUUCUUCAGUGGAAUCGUUCGCGUGACGAUGACCUCCAUCCGCGCUUUACCAAGUGCCGUGCUCGCCGCAACCCAAGAGAGAAGCACGCGCCCCCGGUUCGAUGCGCACGAGAGGACGUCGUCUCCCCAAAAUCGCUGAGCUAACUCACAGCCGGGAAGAGAGGGAUAAUAUCAACCGACACAACCGAUAGGAGAAGAAAACAAGAACAACAGCAGCAACAAGCGGCAGCCGUGAUGGAACUGUCCGAGGUCCGGUGCUCCAGCGCGAGCGAGGAGCUGUACACCAUCAACAAGACCCCGAGCAGCAGCAACAACAGCAACAGCAGUGGCAGCGCGCGACCCAAACGGCUGCUGUGGCAGAACGCGGUGCGGCACAUCACCGAGCAGCGCUUCAUCCACGAGCAGGGCGGGGGGGGCGGAGGAGGGGUGAAGGCCAUCGGGCCGGACGAGCCCUACGACCCGAGCCAGGGCGCGCGGAAGCAGUCGGCGGGGCGGACGUCGGUGGGAGACCGGCACAACAACGGCGGGACCAAGGUGUUCCCGGAGCGCGCCAGCAGCGACCUGGGCUUCCUGCAGAUUGACUGUGCGCCGAGCAACUCCGACUUCUUCCUGAACUGGGGCUACACGUACCGGGGCGUCAUCUUCCCCACGCUGCGGAACGCCUUCAAGUCCCGCGACCUGGAGCGGCUGUACCAGCGCUACUUUCUGGGCCAGAGGCGCAAGUCGGUGGUGGUGAUGAACAUCCUGGACGUGGUGACCAAGCUCACCCUGCUGGUGCUGCACCUCACCCUGGCCUCCUCACCGAUGGACCCGAUUAAAGGGACGCUCCUGGGCUUCUUCACGGGCAUCGAAGUCGUAAUUUGUGCCUUAGUGGUGGUGCGGAAGGACACCACGUCGCACAGCUACUUGCAGUACAGCGGCGUGGUCACCUGGGUGGCCAUGGCCACGCAGAUCCUGGCGGCCGGGCUGGGCUACGGGCUGCUGGGUGACGGGGUGGGAUACGUGCUCUUCACCCUGUUCGCCACCUACAGCAUGCUGCCGCUGCCGCUCACCUGGGCCAUCCUGGCCGGCCUGUUCACCUCGGGGCUCCACAUCCUGGUCCAGCUGCUCAUCUCCCAGAAUGCACAGCUCUCUACCAACCAGGUAGCGGCUCAGGCUGUGUUGUUCAUGUGUAUGAACACUGCUGGAAUAUUCAUCAGUUACCUGUCUGACCGGGCUCAGCGUCAGGCCUUCCUGGAGACCCGGCGCUGCAUUGAGGCUCGGCUGCGACUCGAGACAGAGAAUCAGAGACAGGAAAGACUGGUGUUAUCAGUCCUACCACGUUUUGUAGUUUUGGAAAUGAUCAACGACAUGACAAAUGUAGAGGACGAACACCUCCAACAUCAGUUUCACAGAAUCUACAUCCACCGCUAUGAGAAUGUCAGCAUUCUUUUCGCAGAUGUCAAAGGCUUCACAAACCUCUCCACGACGCUGUCAGCGCAGGAGCUGGUGCGAAUGUUGAAUGAACUCUUUGCACGCUUCGACCGCCUCGCACAUGAGAACCACUGUCUACGAAUAAAGAUCCUGGGAGACUGUUACUACUGUGUGUCUGGUCUACCUGAGCCCAGACAGGACCACGCCCACUGCUGUGUGGAGAUGGGCCUCAGCAUGAUCAAAACCAUCAGAUAUGUGAGAUCACGUACGAAACACGACAUCGACAUGCGUAUUGGGAUCCACUCAGGCUCUGUGCUGUGUGGUGUGUUGGGACUCAGGAAGUGGCAGUUUGACGUUUGGUCCUGGGACGUGGACAUCGCCAACAAGCUGGAGUCUGGAGGGAUCCCAGGGAGGAUCCACAUCUCCAAAGCCGCUUUGGACUGUUUGAACGGCGACUACGAGGUGGAGGAGGGCCACGGGAAGGACCGCAACGACUUCCUCCGCCGCCACAACAUCGAGACGUACCUUAUCAAGCAGCCGGAGGAGAGUCUGCUCACCCUGCCGGAGGAUAUCAUGAAGGAGGCGGCCAGCUCGGCCGACCGCAGGGCCAGCAGCACCACCUUCAACGAGGCAUCCUGGAGCCCCGAGCUUCCCUUUGACAACAUUGUGGGGAAGCAGAACACUCUGGCUGCCCUAACGAGAAAUUCGAUAAAUCUGCUUCCAAACCAUCUCGCACAAGCUUUGCAUGUCCACUCUGGUCCUGAGGAAAUUAACAAGCGAAUAGAGAGCGCCAUCGACUUACGGAGUGGCGAUAAGUUGAGAAGAGAGCAUAUCAAGCCUUUCUCACUGAUGUUUAAAGAAUCCAGCCUGGAAGAGAAGUACUCCCAGAUGAGGGACGAGGUGUUCAAGUCCAACCUGGUGUGCGCCUUCAUCGUGCUCAUCUUCAUCACCACCAUCCAAAGCCUGCUUCCCUCUGCCAGGAUGGUAACCAUGGUGAUCCAGUUCUCGGUCCUCAUCGUCCUCCAUUCCUGUCUGGUCCUAGUUACAACGGCGGAAGACUACAAGUGUCUGCCUCUGGUCCUGCGCAAAGCCUGCUGCUGGAUCAAUGAGACCUAUGCAGCGCGAAAUGUCAUUAUCUUCAUCUCAAUCCUCAUCAACUUCCUGGCAGCCAUGAUCAAUAUACUGUGGUGCGACUUCGACAAGUCCAGCACCUUUAGGAACCAGACGUACAACGAGUCGGCCUCCAUCCCAGACAUCUGCUUCUACCCAGAGUAUUUUGUGUUCACGGGGGUCCUGGCGAUGGUGACGUGCGCGGUGUUCCUGCGGCUGAACUCCGUGUUGAAGUUGGCGGUGCUGCUGGUGAUGAUCGCCAUCUACUCACUGCUGACCGAAGCUUUCUACACCUCGCUGUUUGUUCGCUACGACACCGUCCACCACAACACAGAAAACUUCCUGGGGACCAAAGAGACGUCGUUGCUCCUGAUGGCCAUGUUCCUCCUCGCUGUGUUUUACCAUGGCCAGCAGCUGGAGUACACAGCCCGGCUAGACUUCCUGUGGCGCGUCCAGGCCAAAGAGGAGAUCAACGAGAUGAAGGAGCUGCGAGAACACAACGAGAACAUGCUGAGGAACAUCCUGCCCAGCCACGUGGCCCGACACUUCCUGGAGAAGGACCGGGACAACGAGGAGCUGUACUCGCAGUCCUACGACUCUGUGGGUGUGAUGUUCGCAUCCAUCCCGGGCUUCGCCGACUUCUACUCCCAGACUGAGAUGAAUAACCAGGGAGUCGAGUGCCUGAGGCUCCUCAACGAAAUUAUUGCUGACUUUGACGAGUUGCUUGGUGAGGAACGUUUCCAGGACAUCGAGAAGAUCAAGACGAUUGGCAGCACCUACAUGGCCGUCUCUGGUCUAUCGCCUGAAAAACAGCAAUGUGAAGAUAAAUGGGGUCACCUGUGUGCGUUGGCCGAUUUCGCCAUCGCCCUCAACGAGAGCAUCCGGGAGAUCAACAAGCACUCGUUCAACAACUUCGAGCUGAGGAUCGGUAUGGCCCAUGGCUCAGUGGUGGCGGGUGUGAUCGGUGCCAAGAAGCCUCAGUACGACAUCUGGGGGAAGACGGUGAACCUGGCCAGCCGGAUGGACAGCACAGGGGUCAGCGGGAAGAUCCAGGUGCCCGAGGACACCUACCUGAUCCUGAAGGAGCGCGGCUUCGCCUUCGAGUACCGCGGCGAGAUCUACGUGAAGGGCAUCAGUGAGCAGGAGGGAAAGAUCCGAACACACUUCUUGCUGGGCCGGGUGCAGCCCAACCCGCUCAUCAUGCAGCCGCGCAAAAUCACCGGCCAGUACUCGCUGGCAGCCGUGGUGCUCGGCCUGGUGCAGUCCCUCAACAGGCAGAAGCAAAAGCAGAUCCUCAACGAGAACAACAACUCGGGCAUCAUGAAGGGCCACCACCACUACAACCGGAGGACGUUGUUAGCGCCCGGUGGCUCCGAGGUGGGAGGGGGGCAUCACACCGAAGCAGCUGAUAAGACUGAGCUGUCCUGAAGAGCAGACUAAAGAGCAGACUAGAGUUUUAGUUCCACUCAGAUUUCUCAGAGGCAGAGCUGCUCUUCAGGCAAAAAUGAUCCCAGUGGUUGAGUUAAUCUUCAGUGGAUGCAGCUACAGAACACUGGCUUUCUGGCUAAGUAACAUUAGGACGCAGGCACACCAGAAAAGCAGGUGAAAGUUCUUCAGGAGUCGUAGCAACUUUAGCAUUCCAGUACUGAAAGCUUCGUCUCUGAAUGGCUGCCCAUAUCUCUGAUUGGGAAAACCAACUGACCAAUCAGAGCUUUGUAGGCAGGAUUAAUAAUGGGGACAUCAUGUACCUGUACCAGAGCCAGAAUCCAUUCCAAACAAAAACUGUGGAUGAGACUGAUGAACGUUCUGUGUCGACUAACAGUGGCAUUAACGGGAUGAAUAUAUUCGUCGCUACUUGUGAGGGCAAAAUGGAAUUCAUUAUUAGGUUUCAACAAACCCCUUUAAAACUUCUGACCCUAAUGCUUGAAUUCCCCUAAGAUAUUCGUAAUCGUCGCUGUAGGUCUACGCAGAGAAGAGUGUUAUCGGUUGCAGAGGCUUACAGGGGACGUGCACAACUCCCAAACCCCAAGACCGUGGGCCCAAUUUCACAAAAGCAGUUUGCGAGAACACACAGAUCGCAGAUGGUGGCAGCGUGGCUUGCAAAUUGCAGAUAAAUCUGUGAAUCCUAUAGUGCUCUAAUAUGCUUAUGCAUGAGUCGCAAGUAUGGUGUUUGUUGUGAUUAGUGAAACUUCAAAAUUAGCACAAGAGGAAAUUAUCUCAUGCAGCAAAUUUGGUGAAUCGGGCCCCUGAGCAUUACACAAGCUGAUGGGACGAUCCAACUAAAGGUUGUCAUGAUACCAGAAUUUUAAACUUUGAUACAAGUAUAAAAAAACGAUACUCGAUACUUCUUUUGAUACCAUGGCAAAAAUAAAGUCCUAGGCACAAAAUAUAAUAUAUUUCUUUUUUAAGUCACUGAACACAUAUUGAGGACCAGUUGAUUUUCUUCCCCGUUGUUUCGUCUGUGCAACCUUGGGUUGAAAAUCUGAUUGCAGAUCUGUUUUUUUUUUAUAGCUUCAAUACUUUCGAUAUUAUAAUUAACUGAUAUUGUAUCGUUUUAAACACAUGGUAUCGAAAAAGUAUCGAAAACCUUAAUCCAAAUCCUGUUGGGACGUGGGUUCCCUCGGUGAGGCGAUACACAGUCCUGCCAAUGGUGUCACACUAUUCCACUGAUCUACAGGUUGCAGUAACGCAACAAGAAACACAACAAUGCACCAACAAAGGCAAGGAAGAAGAAGACUGCCAGCUAAUAUACAUGGCGGUAACCAAUGCAGGUUUCAAACUUAAGAAAAAUCGACUGUUUUGUAAGGAAAGAAAUAAAUGGAGCCCCCCUGGAGAGUACAGCGUUACACAUGGCUCUUGUUUUUUCUCAGCUGACCCCAGAGGGGCUCUGUAGACAUAUAACAAGUUUAUUAGUGUUUUGGUGAGCAACACUGAAUGUAAACAGAAAAAUUGUUGUUUGUUUACAAGAAAACACCACAGGGCACCUUUAAUCUCUACAUAUUCAUGUUGGAUGAGUUGGUUAUUGAGAUUAGCUACAACCUGAACAUAAACCAGUCUCACAUUAUGAGGUUAAUUAGCGGGUUAGCCCAGCUGAGCUCACACGUUCAAACGCUGGCUUUCGAGGUAACCUAGCUGACCUUUCAACAUCAUGAAUGUCUAGUAAGAAUGAAUGAAGUCACUUACAUAUUUUCACCAAUGUUACUUCUUUUCAAUUUCUUGCCAGUUAGCCCAAAUGUGCUCUGAAAAGGUUUCUCUGGCUCCUCCCGCUCAGGUUUAACUCAAUCAAUGAGAUAAUUCCUGCUCCAGGACAGCUCUUCUCUUGAUGAAUGUUUGUAGAACUGACGCUCCACUUUGAUCCUGAAAGAGGAGGUUGAGGAGGAUGAAGAGGAGGUGGUGGGGUUGGUGGGGUAGGGAGGGAGGGGCUGGACGGGACCGCUGCGUUCUGUUUUCAUCCACCCUCAUCUAUUCGAUGUCUGUUCGACUGAUCCCUUCGGACUGUCUGACGUUCCUCCUGUCGUUUCCACUUCCCCUUUUUAUGUCGCCUGGCCACCGACCCACCCCCGCCCAAAACCCAGAAACCCUGUCCCGCUCUGACCCUCGCCCGGUGUCGAUGUUUCUUUUUUGUAUUUCUUUUAUAUAUGAGAACACAAUAAAAGGGGUCUAAUUUUUUAUAUAA